GGCGGCGAGCCUGUGGGCAGCGGGAGGAGAAGGAGAUGAGUGCUGGGGUGCUGCCCCUCGGGGGGCAGAAAGCCCCUGGCAGCCCCCAGAAGACCGUGCCCACCUCGUCCAGACCCCGGACGUCCUUCCUCAUCCAGGACAUCCUCUGGGACAGGGCUGAGCAGAGAACACGGGCAGAGCAGAGUGAGAGAAGAGGUUUUGGCAGCCCGGAGGAUGGGGAGCAGGGGGCUGCCCCAGGGGACCCCCCCAGGAGCCCUCAUGCACCAGGAGCCUCCCCAGCCCAGCCCCACGAUGUGGACGCAGAUGCCACGGCGGAGACCCCCCUGUGCAACUGCUUCCCCCCAAAAAAAUCUCUGCCCCGCGCCUCACGAGCCUCCCCCCGGCCGGCGAAACGCUCACGGGCGGCGUUCACCCACAGCCAGGUCCUGGAACUGGAGCGGAAAUUCAGCCACCAGAAAUACCUGUCGGCCCCGGAGCGAGCCCACCUGGCCCAAAACCUGCAGCUCACCGAGACCCAGGUGAAGAUCUGGUUCCAGAACCGGAGGUACAAGACCAAGAGGAGGCUGGGGGGAUCCGGCCUCGGCGGACUCAUGCCCGGGCGCAAAGCGGCCGAGCCGCCCGCAGCCCCGCUGCUGGCGCUGCACGCAGGUGCCCGCUACCUGCCCUGCCUCUACUACCUGCAGGGCUGGAGCCCUGUGGUGUGGUGAGCACGGAGGCAGGUUUUCAUCUUCAGAUGUUUUAUUUUUCCCCACCCCGUGACGCGUUCUUAUUGCUAAUGGUGAGUAGGAGAGGGAGAAUCCCGAGCCUGUCCGCGGUGCUGCUCGGCAUCCUCUAGUUGCAGCCCAAGCCUCUCUCGUUUCUAUUAUUUUUUAGCCAAACAAAAAGCCAAAAAAAAAAAUAAUAAUAAUAAUCCCCAAAGCUUUUAAAAGGGGUCAAUCUGCAGCCAUAAAAUAUUGUCUGCUUUUUGGGGGGCAAAAAGCAAGAGCUGCUCUGUCCCCGCAGCAAGAAAUUGUCCCCGUGCAUCCCUCCAUGCUCACACACGUUGACGGGGCAAAGAGCCAGCAGCUGCCCCCACGCUGCGCCGAGAUGGCCUCAGCUCAGCUGCAUGGGCCCCAUCUGCUGCCAUUGCUUGAUUUUCAUUUAUUAGCUUUAAAAAAAAAGCAAAAAUAUAUAUAUAUAUAUUGCAUUUCUGCCACUGACACCACCGUUUCUCAUGGACCUCACAGCUGUAUUUUUUUCUAAGACUUCCAUGUGCUGUCAGGCAGCACCACUCGCGGUAAUGCGUGGGGUUUUGCGGGAGAAUCAAGUCCCUUUCUGCUGCAAGCAACCAAAACCUGAAGUGCCUGAUGGCCACAGAUCUGCUGCUGGGGCCACCCAAUGCCACCGGUGCCUUAGCAGCCGUGGGAAGCUGCGCCAGGAACGCAGACAAUAGUGCAAUGACAGAUGAGUUUUGCAUAUCCGGGUCUUGCUGCUGUUUGAACACUAACAUAUAAGCUAUUUAAAAUAGCAACCGCUCAAAGAGUUCAACUUUUCUUAGAAAAAACAACAGAGCCCAGCACUUGCCAGUGCCAAGGCAGCAGGAGGAUGGUAACGCCUUUCUUGCAGAGUGGCAGAGGUGGUUUUUUUGUGUGUGUUUUUGUUUUUAUUUUUUCCAUAAUUGUGUUGUUUGGGUGCCUGUUCUUGACAAAAGAGAAUUAAAAAUCACAGUGGUCCAAUCCCUCCUGCAGCAGGGGAAUACAGAAAAUUAGAUAAGGGUAAGAAACUGCUGGGCUCCAUCCCCUUUAAUAAGUUUAUUCAGAUCGAUCUUUUGCUGUGCCGAGGGAUCCAGAGCUUGCAAAGCUCAUGCAUGGACAUGGCAAGAGAUGAAGCUGCUCAGGGGCAGGGGGAUGAGGCAGGGAGAGGAGAAUGUGCAAAAUGAGCCCUUUGCGGUGGAUAUUCAGUUGCUAGUGCCAUAAAAGCUGUUGGCCCCGACUGAAGGACAACCGCUAGCUUUCUUAAUUAUCCAAAAGUAACUCCUAAUAUCUUGAGAUAAGGUUUUCUCCCAGCUCCUGCUCUCAGAGGCUGUUUUUCAAAAUCCCCUGGCUCUGUUGCAAUGUGUCCAGCUCAGCCCUGCUGCUUAUCCACUUUGCUCACCCAUUUCUGGGAACAAAAGAGCCCUUAUGACCUCGAAACCAAGCCCCCCAAGCUCCUGGCAUCUGAGAGCCGGGGGAGGACGUCCUGCCCAAAUCCACCCUUGGGAUGCUGCUGAAAGCAACGUGGAGAUGUGAUGUUUGCACUAAAUGCACCGGGAGAAAAUCUGCGGCCACCCCUGAGCUGAUUUGCACCCAGAGAGGGAAAAGGAUGGGGCUGACACCGCACCCAGAACAGGAUGGGGAUGCUGUUUUGCUGGGAAGGACCAAACUGGGCCCAUUUUUCUUCACAGCUGGGAAAAUCGGAGAGAAACUCGACUUGUUGGACAGUUCUUUGGGAAAAUGUUUGUAGCUACUUUGUUUUUUUCCAUUCGUGGUUUAUGACCAGUAAAGCAUCCAUUUGUUGCUGCAGCAGCCACCUGCUCAUACUUAACUUUGCUGAUAUAAAGACCAGUGCAAAUAGUUGCUAUUUUUGUACAUAUUUUUUGAUACUAUUUUAUCCGAUGUGCAUUGUCCUUUGGAAUAAAGAGCACAGAAUCUUUAUUAGGAA